GGAGGAGGCCCGGCGGCGAGCUGGCUUCCUCCCGGCCACUGGCGGGGUGCGUGGCGGCCGGAGGCGCUCGGGAGGAAGCGGAGGAGCGCGCGGGAGGCGGCGGUGGCUGCUCCCGGCGGCCCCGGGCAGGACUGACCGCGGGGAGGCCGGAAGGCGGCGCGCUCGGCGGAGAGGCGGGCGGGAGGCCGGAGCUUAUUUAAGGAAAAGUGCCAAAGACUGAAAAACCAAACAUGAGGGUAGCAGGUGCUGCAAAGCUGGUGGUAGCUGUGGCAGUAUUUUUACUGACGUUUUAUGUUAUUUCUCAAGUAUUUGAAAUAAAAAUGGAUGCAAGUUUAGGAAAUCUGUUUGCAAGGUCAGCGUUGGACACAGCUGCACGUUCUACAAAACCUCCCAGAUACAAAUGUGGGAUCUCGAAAGCUUGCCCUGAGAAGCAUUUUGCUUUUAAAAUGGCAAGUGGAGCAGCCAAUGUGGUGGGACCCAAAAUCUGCCUGGAGGACAAUGUUUUAAUGAGUGGCGUUAAGAAUAAUGUUGGAAGAGGGAUCAAUGUUGCCCUGGUAAAUGGAAAAACAGGAGAAGUGUUAGACACUAAAUACUUCGACAUGUGGGGAGGAGACGUGGCCCCAUUUAUUGAGUUUCUGAAGUCCAUACAAGAUGGAACAAUCGUCUUAAUGGGAACGUAUGAUGAUGGAGCAACCAAACUCAAUGAUGAGGCGCGGCGGCUCAUUGCGGAACUGGGGAGCACAUCUAUUACCAAUCUUGGCUUUAGAGACAACUGGGUCUUCUGUGGUGGCAAAGGCAUUAAAACAAAAAGUCCUUUUGAACAGCACAUAAAGAACAACAAGGACACGAACAAGUAUGAAGGCUGGCCGGAGGUUGUGGAAAUGGAAGGAUGCAUCCCCCAGAAGCAAGACUGACGUGGCGAGAGAAGAUUCAAGGGCACGCACUGUCCCUGUCACUGCGGACCACAACAGAGGACCUACAUGUACAUAUUUUAAGAGCAUGCAGCCAUCUCGGUGUCUGCACGAGCAUUCUCUUUUGAUACCAUGAUUAUUUAUUGCGAACGUAAAUAGAUAUCUGUAAAUAGCCAUCAGAAUGAGCAAAUCACUGUACCAUUUCUGAGCACAUUCCUCUAAUAGUACAACGUCUAGCUGCUAUGGAAAUGACAUCUUUCAAUUCUAAAAUCAUACUCUAUCAAUAACUGAACAGAUUGUGAAAAAUAUAUUGAUAUAUAUACUGGUUGCUGUGAAAAUCUAUCAUGGAAUAAUAUGGGUUUAAGGGAGGAGACUUUGUUUUCAUAUAUAUAUAUAUGUAUAUAUAUAUACAUAUAUAUAUAUAUACACACACACACACAUAUACAUAUACAUACUACUUUUUGAUAAUAGUAUCUUUUAAAUUAUAUCUAGCUAGUUGUGUGUGUAGUGUUACUUUACAGUCUGACUCUCUUGAUGUACCUCUUUCCUUAGUCUUUCUCUUCCCUUCCCAAGAAACCUAGAAAUAAAAUGAUAGGAAAACUUAGAUAUGUGAAAAGCACAAUAAAAUUCUUUUUUUAAUGUACACAGUAACAUAUAAACAUAUACAUGUAGGUGGCUUUCAGGACUAGCGUGCUGGAUUUUGUGUUAUCGAUGUGAAUAACUUGAUUUUGUAUAAGCUAUUUAGAGUGAGGGUGGAGGUGGCAACUCCAUGGAAUUGGGGAUCCAGGCCACACCCCUUCCCCAGCCUAAUUGGGUCAUUCAGGACAGCACGUCACAGCAGUACUGGCAUCUAUUUCUCUUUCUUUGUUAUCCGUGUUGACAAGGUGUUUUGGAAAGAGGCAUGCUUUAAUAUCACAAUAAUAUUGAUUUGUAAAUCAAGAAAUUAAUUUUGUAUUUUUACUUCAUUUAACUUCAUAAUAACAGUUUUUGCCAGAUAUAUAGCAACAUAUUCAGAGAAGACCUAAUUACUGAAUGGACUGAUAACAUUUACAAAAUAAUUUUAUUGGAUGCAAAACUACACCAAUUCUAGAUAAAAAUAAAGAGAUCUAACUUUUUUUUUUUUUUUGUUAACUUCAGAUGUUCACUAAUUGACUUAAGUCUUUUAUUUUGUUUAGGUUAUUAAAUACUAAUUGUGUCUGAAGUAUCUUAAACUGGGACAUAAAAUUAAUGCUUAGACUGCCAUUCACAAUAAAAGACAGCACUUAAAUUUGAACCUAAAUUUCAGAUGACUUGUGUAACAAAACUAAAAACAAUAUUUUUUUAUUUUGCUGUCAACAAGUUGGAAGCUGUUCAACUAUUUCUUAAAUACUAAUGAGGUUUGGGGUACUGUUUCUUUCCUCAAAUAGUGUAAUUCAUGAAUAAAUGCACCUUACUAGUUCAACAAUUUUUGUAAACUUUAGAUUUUGGUGCUUAUAUGCUAAAUCAUAUUUGGCAUGUAAAUUCUGACAUUUAAAAGACUUCCCUCAAUUCUAUAAAAUUUUAAAAAAUAGGUGUUUUACAGUUCCAGAGAUUGUGAAAUGUUGCAUUUUUAAAAAGUUAUAAUGAAAAUAAAUACUCAUGGUUUUCCUUUGUGAAUUUUUUUGUAUUAUCUGGCAAAAUAAUAUACUUACAGAACUUCACAGUAAGAUUUGCCAAACAUUUAUUUUACUGCUUAACAUGCAAAAUUUACAUCAUUCCUGUGGUUAAACACAUGUAUAGAAUUUACCGAGGUAACAUCCCCUUCAAGAUAAAGAGUACGAGAUGAUACAUAGCUUUGUAAAUGUGUAUAAAAUGUCGAAAAAAAGGGAUAAAAGUUGAUUAUGUAAUUGCUUUGGUGCAGUUUGCUUUUGGUUUAAUUCUAUCUUGUAUAUAGAUUGUGCCAGCUUAACUUUGGAAGCAAUAAUUUUGCCACAUUUCAUUUUCAGAUGUCUUUUAAAAAUCGGCAUUAUAGAUGAAAUAAUGUUUAUUUAAUGUUAAGAAUUUUCUUCAUUAAAAUCAGAAAUUUGGCAUUGA